AUGUUUGCACGGCGCCUUUUAAGUUCCGGCUGCAGAGUUCGUCAAAUAACACCUGCUAUCUCACGAUUCGACCAUACUCUAUCACCAUCUUCUCGUCCUACCAAUUUCCCUCAAUGGAGGAAAGAGUUCUUCUCAUCUAAAAUUAACCACCAGCAUGCGAAGCCAGAGACACCACCUGACGCUGAAGCCGCCUCUGUGACACAAAAACAAAAACGGAAACUAUCCAAGUCCCCCGCUGCCAAGAUAUCUCUGCGGCGGGUAGCUGUAGAAGCGCAGCGUUCUAAAGAUGGGAUGCGCCAGAAGGCCCAGGCGGCUGAUGAAGACCUAGCGAGAUCCAAGACUGUGACCGCCUACGCUGUUGCCGAGACAUUUGACUUAGCGAAAGUAGUCCAAAUCCUCCUAUCUAAAGGAUAUGAGCCAGACCCAUUCAAGACAGAUUUGUAUCCUCAAGUUGUCCAUGUGCAAGUGCCACUAGACUCACUCCGCAGGACUGCGAGCCCUUCUGCUUCCGAUCUCUCGCCUGAGGAAGCUGGUGAUAUUUUCAUAUUUCCGUCCGGUACUGUUGUGGCUUGGGCACUCCCUGAUAACUUUGUUUCUUAUCUGGCUACAUCUGUGCUUUUCCCGGCUGCAGAAAAUCCACACGUUGAUUCGAUGGAGACUGAAGAUCUCGACUAUAUCGAAGACCCCAACAGAGAGAACUGCAGCAUUAAGGGAGACACUAUAACUCUCGGCACAAAGAUUAGCCCAGAUAGCCGUGAUUUGCGGGUUGACGGCAAGGAAGGUGUAGAUAAUAUUUUAACUAAGAUUGCCUUUUCAUCUGGGCUUGCACGGAGUACCAAAUUGGCUGUUCUAGAAACUCUCCUUUCAAAUUAUUUUGAAUCAACCCGCAACAUCCCGACCCUUCUUUCUAAAGGCACUCACCUGCCAUUUACACGGCGCUUCGUGCUGCAAAAAACUGGGCAGCUCCUUAGCGUCAGGGCUCAAUUGAACCUAUACUCUGAGUUGACAGACUCGCUGCCCGACCUUUUCUGGGAUAGCCGCCACGAACUUGGCCUGGAGGGAUACUAUGACCAGGUUGGAAGAGCGUUGGACGUAGGGAUCCGAAUUAAAGUGCUUAAUGAGAAGAUGGAUUACGCGCAAGAGAUAGCCAGUGUCCUCCGCGAACGGCUAAGUGAAACCCACGGUCUAAGACUUGAGUGGAUUAUCAUUGCACUUAUUGCUGUCGAAGUGGGAUUUGAAGUUCUGAGACUAUGGAAAGAGAAAAAGCAGCAUGUGGUAGAAGUUGUGGAGUUGACGGAACGGACCGGGCGAUGA